AUGGCAUUGCGUAAACAAUGCUACAAACGGAUUGGCUCUUCACUCGGCAUUGGAACUUUUGUUAUAACAUCUUACGCGAUUCAAAACGUUGCCGGUCCCUCUUUUGUGAUAUCCGUUAUCAUAGCUGGUGUCGCAAAUCUCCUUGCAGGGUUAGCAUAUGCUGAGAACAGUGCACGGCUUCCUCGUGCUGGAUCGGCCUACUUCUACACGUAUGUCGCGCUCGGUGAGCUUUGCGGCUUUGUAGUAGGCUGGCACCUGCUACUGGAGAACGUCAUUGCAGCAGCAAUAGCCGCCAAAGCGUGGAGCCAGUACGUCAACUUUAUAACCAAUGGGACGAUUUCCAGUGCUUUCCAAUUACAUCAGAUGAACAUUGCGUCGAGGGAGAACAGCAUAUUUGUUGAGACACCAGAUAUUAUGGCUUUACUGAUUGCACUGGUUGUCAGUUGUUUAUCCUUCGCUCGAGCAAAGUACACUGUUAUGGCAUCGAUGGUAUUAGUGAUGCUGAAUGGCUUGAUCAUCGUGUGCUUUGUGUGUAUUGGAUACCUACACGUUGACCACAAUAACUGGACCGGUGGACUGGGCUUCUUUGCCCAUGGAUUUUCUGGGGUUCUUUAUGGGGCUGCAUUACUUAUGCCAGUGUUCAGCGGAACUGAAACUAUCACCGUAGCCGUCGAAGAGACGCGAGAGCCGAGUAAAACCACUCCGACGACCAUUAUGUACUCUAUUUGUGUGUGCUCAAUAGUGUACUUCUGUAUCGCCACAGCGGCAACUCUAGCGCUGCCUAUGUCUCCCAGCAUGCACCUCACUGACUUACCACACAUGCUAGAUGCGCUACAUAUAUACGGCGCUAGUAGUUUCAUUGCAGUGGGGGGUUUAAUAGGCCUCAUGGCUUCUUUGUUAGGACAGAUAUGCGGCAUACCUCGACUUUUAUAUGCCAUGUCGGUGGAUAAAUUAAUGUUUGAUCGUUUUUCGCAUAUCACACCCAAAGGAGGUUUAACACCAUAUGGGGCGAUAAUUGCUGGGAUGUUCGUUUCAGUUAUAUCGGUGUUUGUCAAAUUAGAGGCACUGUUACAAAUUGUUUCCAUAGGUACGCUAAUUGCCUACACUAUGGUAUCUAUAAGUGUCAUAUGUUUUCGUUACCAGCCCGACACUGAUUGCUUGGGUCUGUACAUUGAGUAUCGUGACAUUGAUGAAGAUUCAGUGUUAAAUCACAUUAAUUUGUUCCACACUAGUCAGCUUAAUGGGUCUAGCCAAUCAUCGACAAAUUCCAGCGCACGAGAUUUCUACUAUGAAUUUCAGAACCAAAGAGAAAACUGUCGCGAUUCACAAGAUUGCGAGCACACAAAUUCACGUCAAGGAUUACAGAGUAUUAAUUGUCUUCCAAGUAAAAUCAGCAACACUGCAAAUGGAAGCGUCACCUCGCUUUUGACAACACCUUUAUCAGACCUAUCCACGCCCUCCAGAAAGUCAUGGUUAAGGACAGCGAUUGGCCUAAUAGUGUUCAUACUAGUAUCAAUAUUGCUUUGUACAUUACUGAAGAUUAGUGAGCUCUUCAAGUCCGUUAACAGCUGGUUGAUACUGCUAAUCAUAUUCAUUGUUUUAGUCGCUCUUGUCGUCUCCAUCGCUGUCGUUGCUAGCCAAGCGCAGCAUAGAACUAAAUUGCAUUUUCGCCUUCCAUACGUCCCAUGCAUUCCAAUGAUGUCGAUUUUCAUCAAUAUCUUUCUGAUUGCGACACUUCCGAGUGAAGCCUGGAUUCGGUUUGCUGUUUGGACUGUUCUAGGGCUUUUGAUGUAUUGCGCCUAUGGAUAUCGCAGUUCCCAGAUGAGCAGAUGCACUGACAACGUCGUGAUACUUUCUGAGAUGGCAAACUGAGGCAAUCACAAUCAUCAGGCGUCAAGAUGCCAGAGCAGUGACGGCGAUUUCAUUGAUAUGCAGAUACUUUUAUCACCUUCAACCGAUAUCAAUUGUUACAUGUAUUACACUGCAACAAAGCAAACUUCAAGUCCAUAUUUUACUGCUGAUACAGAUGUUCACUAUUAUAAAUCUGUUAACUAUGUUUAUAAUGCUAAUAAUGUUUUAUUAUGUUGUCGAUAUCCGUGCACACUAUUUAGUGGUUGAAAUUUGUUCAAUGUCACUAUAAUACAUCUUACAGACAUUGAAUCAUCUUGGAAAAGUAUCUUUAACCAUGACUACCCUAUAAGUUCACAAUAGUUUGUAAACAAAUAUAUAAAGUAAUUUUAAUUACAAAGGUAUAGUUUGAGAAACACCAUUGCAGCAACAUUUGGUAUUCCCGUGUACUGGUCUACCAGAAAGUCUUUACUCGUCUUCGCUGUCACUUUCCUACCAGCCUGUAAAACAACUAACAGUACCUCACAUUGGACACAAACACAACAUUGUGUGAUUCUGAAGAUUAUAAGAGGGGAGGGAUUAAAUAUGAAUUGAUUUCAAUAUAGGAACCUUACAAAAUAACCAAUAAGCAUAACCUUAUUGAUUAUUAUUAUAUAUAAUCCGUCAUCGUUUCAAUAAGUUGGGGCCAAUUUGAUAUAAUUGAUAUUGCAUUCUGACAUAUGUUACGAACAUGAAGAUUUGCUUAAAA